AUGGUGGAGAUGUUGUUAUAUGGAUGUGAUAGGUGUCGCACUUUGAAUGAAGUGAAGAAGGGUGCAAAAGCCGAGCUCGUUAAGCCGAAACUUGGCUCGGCUCGGCUCGAUAACACCCCUACACAUUACUCAUCAACCCAUCAAAUUCUUCUAGUGGGUGAAGGAGAUUUUUCCUUGUCUUUGUCUUUGGCCCUUUCGUUUGGCUCUGCUUUCAACAUCUGCACCUCUUCUCUUGAUUCAUACGUAAUUGUGGUCAACGAAUACAAGAAAGCAAAAUCAAAUUUGCGAACUCUAGAGAUGCUGGGAGCAUACAUUUUACAUGGUGUGGAUGCAACCAAAAUGAAGCUUCAUCCUCAUUUGCGAAUGAGGAAGUUUGAUCAAAUCAUCUUCAACUUUCCUCAUGCUGGCUAUCAUGAAAGGAACAUAAUUUGCAUAUGA